GAAGCUCGGAGCCGAAAGACACACAGAUUACUGGCCGUGUACCCCAAAGUGAACUACUAUCUGAAUUCUGGAAACUCCUUAGUAAUCGCCAGAAAACAGGAAAUUCCAAAAGGUAUAAGAAAAAGGAGGUCUCAGAAGUGAAGAUAUCGUCCCUAGUAAGCAUCCAUGUAAUCCGCUUUACUUGCUAGCGUUCCCACUACAAUUCUUCCAUUCGACGGGCUUCAACUUCGACUCGGCGAACUAAAAGAGUCGGAUACGCACUGCGGGCCGUCUCCCCGUUUUGACGUUUUGACGUCACCCCAAGCUGGUUCUUAUCUCCCACCAAGCUUCGAAUUCUCCCUACGGCAAUCCACGGGACUCCUACCAGUGGUAUCUCAUGAUAGGCCUCGCACUUAUCAACUCUCCCAGCAACUGAACUUGGGUUAAUCUCAAACUCCCAUGGGUAUUGAUAUCUUCAGCUACGAUCUCGCAGCAGAGCAUUCUGCUCUUCUGCUCCUUUCUGUGGUUGUCAUCCUUGGGAUAGCUGGGUUUUUGUCUUUGAGACAACAUAAGACUGCCGGAUCGCCGUCCCAGUUGGUUUCGGAUAUCAAAGUAGAACGUGCUCCUGGAGAAUGGACGCCGAAGGAGUUUCGGUAUCCUGAUUUUCCUUCGUGUUCUCGGAGCCUAUCGGACAUCAAACCGAUUCCGUACAGACCCUUUCGGUGGGGACAGUACAAUGUCACGAUGGGUAUCCGUAACAUGCCCUGGGAGGAUUGGAUCGAGCUCGACGAUCAGUUUAAUACGUACCAUCGUAUUCGCGAACGUCGCAUUCGCACGCAGGGUGAGAACGUCGUGCGUGUUCUACCGGCUAGACCUGUUGUUGGUUCGGGAGCUUCAGCUGCUAUUGAGUUAGUUCAUGAAUUAGCAGAAUACUUGCACAAGAGAUAUCCGGCGGCUUUUCACGUUACCCGAGCAGAAGGCGCUAUCAAGACUAUUAGGAUCCUUCCAGUGGAUGCGACCUAUGAACUACCGCCUGCUUUACUAUCAAGCAGUAAAGGUACCUCGCCGCCGCGUAUUCGCAAAGUGGAAGCAAGAGAAGCUGAGGAAGCCAUGAAAAUUGCGGCGCUAUUAGUGCAGGAUGAUCUGGCGCUGAUGGUCGAAGGCGCUGAUGGACGUUACUAUUUCCAAGCAGGAGCAAUAUGUGUUCCAGGCUUCUGGCGUAUGCGGGACAAGAUAGGCCUACCACUUGAUGAGAUACACCUUUCUGGAAACGUCCCUCAGUAUCGUGAGAAGCUGCAUACGAGUUUUGAGCGAUUCUUCCGCCGUCUCCCUGUUGACAAGCCUGUCAUCCGUAACAAUUACUUUGUACAAGUCGUCCGACCUCAAGGUAAGGAUGGAGGUGUCGAAGAUGACUCGGUGGACCCAGAAGAAUUAGCUUGGUCCACGACGACGAACGGGCCUGAAGGGGAAUUCGCACAUGGACAUCCUGCGCAUCCUCCUGAGCAAUUACGAACAGAGCGCCAGACGUUGCGACGAUUGCCUCUUUCUGAACGUACUGUGAUCCCGAUUGUAGAGUUGGCGAAAGAGCCGGGUGUCCCGGCAAGGAUGGCAAGCGCCGUGAGAAGCUGGCCGGACAGCGUAGAGAGGUACAAAGGCAAGGAGCUAUAUGGAAGUAUUUUGGUGGAAUACCUGGACAAGUGCGCGCAAGAACAGGCUGAGAGAGGUGUAAAGGAGGAUCCCGCGAAGAAGUACCCGUUCUAGACUGUAGAAAAAAGAUUCAUAUGGUUAUGUCAGAAGGGUGUGUCACCAGGAACACGCGUGGUAACAGCUGGCUUAUGUGCCUGGAGGG